GCUCCGGUGUUCGUAGAGGAGAGUUGUCAUCAACGUAGAUUCUCGUCAGUCCUCGGAUAAUAUUCGGCUAAUAGACAACUGCGUGAGGCAUGAAGGUCAGGGACACGAGUCAGUGAGCGUGAGUUGUGAGCCAGAACCAGUGUGGGAGGCAGGAGCGGUGGAGGUAUUAUGUGGCAGGAAGUCUCUUAUUUAGGAGCCACGCUCCUCUUAAGCUACGUUGUUCACCUCUUUCUUUUCACACAUAAAGGAGAUGGAGGUCCACUCUUCUGGUGGCGGUGGGCCAGGCUGGUGGUGGAGUUAUGGGUGGAGCGGAUUUCCAGGCAGCCCAGGAUGAGAAACUAUGACUCCAGUGGCACCACAUAUGAGCUUUCAGGGUUUGAGGCCACACCGAGCGAGAAGGAGCUGGAGCAGCCUAAGCCACUCACCACCGACCGUUAUGAGGACGAGCUGAUGGUGUGUGGUGUGGACAGGGAGGGUCGUGCUGUGGUGGCUCGGCUGGUCAGACUCACAAAGCAACGAGCCUCUAUCUUCCUCUGUGUCAUCGACCACACCGGCACUGUCUACACCCUGCCUAACCAGCCAGACACGAGCUAUGUCAAUGUGUGUGGUGAAGAGUGGCGAGGGGCGGGGCUAAGCAAUUUUAUUUUAGAAUUUGAUAAUAAUGUAAAUACACUUAAGGUUCCAAGUUAUGAAAGACAAGGGUCACGGGAACUGUAUGUGACAUAUGAUGAUGAUGAUGAUGAUAAUGACGACACGGUGACACAUGCCCGCCUCGACCUACUGUGGCGAGCUAUGCGUGGCCCCAUUGAUGUGUGGGAUGAGGCCAGCCCACGUCUCCUUGCACAAGCUCUUGCCCAUGAUCCACACACCUCUCUUCACACCUUCCUGUGUCGGGAGGAAGAUAGGUAUGAGCAGUGGGGCAGCCUGCAUGGCACCGUCAACCUCACCCCAGGUGCUGACCCCCAGGUGUGGUACCUGAGAGGACCCCGUCAACACAGGUGGGGGUUAAGCCAGAUGGUGGGCAGUGCAAUGGUCACCUUCAACUACUUUAACAAUGGUGAUGUGAUUUCCCUCCAUGGCCGGUCCUCCUCCACCACUACACAGUAUGUAGGGGGCUUCUUGCAGGAAGCAUGUGGUGUCCUACGACCUGUGACCUCUACCGACCUAGACCUAGGGCACCUCCACCACUUGCCUAACCUGGGGAAUAACCUGCUUAUCAAAUUGACAGCUGGGGGGCGGCAGCUUGACCUGUGGCAGCACCUGAGUGAGAAAGUAACUUAUUACACUGGUGACCCCUGGACGGUUCGCCAUGUUCUCCACCCCACCACAGUCGCUGCUACCCACUCCUAUGGCUGGGGCCUCACCUUCUUCUCAGACAGGUACAUGGAUCUGUGCCCAGUUCCAGAGAGAGAGAGCGUGGGUGAGGCUUUGAUACCGAGGGUAGUGAUAGAGGAAGGGACACCCCUGGUGGUAUCCCUGGACGAUCCUCUAUGUCGCAACUCUCUCCUGACAGGGGGAAAAGGUGCCUCCCUUGCCCUCCUCACUGCCUAUACCCACCUUCUACAGCCAUACCAGGGCCACUAUGAAGUACCCUCUGGGGUGGUGGUGACAGUAGCUGCCUGGCAACUUCAGCUUCAGGCUUCCCCUGACCUGCAGCAGGCUGUCAGGGCAGUCCAGCAGGCUGUAGGCACUGCUCAGCCUGCACAGAUCAAGGAUGCCUGCUCCAGGGCAGUGGAGGUGUGUCAGGGGAUGGAACUAUGUCCCCAGGUGGCUGAUGCUCUUCAUGAUGCCCUUCUUCAGCACCUAGACUCCCAGCCCUCCAGGUUGGCAGUGCGGUCAUCAGGAUGUGGAGAAGAUGAUGAAGAAACAUCUGCAGCUGGACAAAAUGACACGAUACUUGGGGUGACUGGCCUCCAAGACACCCUUCUUGCCCUCACCCGCUGCUGGGCUUCCAUGUUUACCUACCACAGUGUUGAGUACCGUAGGCAGCGGGGGCAGGCAGUGGAGGCAGGCAUGGGUGUGGUGGUGCAGGAAAUGGUGGAGGCGGAGGCAGCUGGGGUGAUGUUCACGCUGGACCCUGUCACUGGCAGUCCAGCCAACAUUACCAUUACUGCCAACUAUGGCCUGGGAGAGAGUGUGGUGUCAGCAGCAGCAGAGCCCGACACAGUAGUGGUGAGACGCAGCUGGCGGGACCAACUAUCUGUUGCCUCCAGAACCCUGGGUGCCAAGAAGACCAAGUGUGUCAUGAAGGAGGAUGGAGGGACAGAGGAGGUGGAGGUGGGGGAGAAGGAGCGGACCCAGCAGUGCCUUAGUGACACCAUGGCACUUUGCUUGGGACGCCUGGCAGUCUUCCUCAACCAAGCUUUUGCCAGCCCUAGAGACAUUGAGUUUGCCCUAGCUCAGGAGACAGUGUACCUGCUACAGGCUCGCCCCAUUACAGCCCUGGAUGAGUGGACAGACUAUGAGGUGACCCAUGAGCAAGACUCUGCUGUCCUCUGUGACCAUGAACUGCUGACUAGGGGCAACACUGGCGAGGUGCUACCAGGCAGCAUAACACCCCUGACUCUGUCGGUGCUACCACCAGCCUUAGACCUGGCUUUCUACAUGGAGUUGUGUCACUGGGAGAGGUAUUCCCACACCCUUGAACCAUAUUUUGCCCACUUGUCUCCCAUCUACAGCACCCAGGUGUUCCUUAAUAUGCUGCAGAUGCAGUAUCGGUACAACGAUAAGGAGAUGAAUUUGGUCAACCGGGCCAUUGACCUGAUUGUGUAUGGCCAUGAUGUCUCCACCGAGCAGUUCGUACAGUGGGGAGUGGAGAGGUUUGGUUUACAGAGUAAACUCAUUAAGAUGUACCAAACCUUUCUCCUGCUCUUUGAUGUGUUGAGUCUUGGUGGUCAUGUCCGGCGGUGUAAGCAAAAAUUUGCUGAUUACACCUUAGCAUGUGGGUGGGCCGUCUCCUCCGUCAGUCUCUACAAAGAGAUUUCCCGAAGGCUCCCCGAUCUAUUAGAGGUAUCAAGGACUCAUAACAUCACCAGUAAGGUCAGCAGUUCCACAGAGUGUAUUGCCUUUAUACUCUUGGGUGAAGGCAAGAAAGAGUUCAGCAAGGAGAACAAGGCAGACAUGGCUUCACUCCUCUCCUCCUGCAUUGGUGUUGAGUCUGCUGAUGUCCCUGUGGCUCUGAAGGAGAUGGCACGGGUGAUCGCAGAGAACGAAGAAGCAGAGGAGUUCCUUGCAAUGACCUCAGAAGAAGGUCGGGUGUGGAUAGAGUCUCACCCCGGCAAGGUUGGUGACACCUUCAGGAACUUCCUCUCCAAACAUGGCCACCGCUGCAUCAAGGAGUUUGACCUGAGUUCCCUCUCCUGGGGCCUCAACCCCUGCACCCUCAUCCACACAUUGCAGGUGAUGGUGAGACACCCCAGCAGCUACAACUCUGUCAAAGAAGAGCUGAAUGCACACCAGGCCAUAGAUAACCUUCAGUCCCCUGUCUCCCAUGGCACUAGACGUUCACUGCAGUUUAUGUUGCCAAUAUGCCGGAAAGCUGUCGUGCAGCGUGAAGCAACCAAGUCCCUCUUCAUCAAGGUGAUUGACGUACUAAGACGAGCCUACAGGAAGUUGGGUCAGUUGUUGGUGAGUGAGGGUCGACUGCCUUCCCCUGACUUGGUGUUCUAUCUGACACAUCCUGAGCUGGGAGUCCUGGUUCAGGGCCCUUCCCCAUCUCUUCUGGCCAAGGCAAUGAAGCGUCAGCGGCUACACCCUACAUUGAACCAGAUCAAAUUUCCUGAGGUCAAUAUUGGUAUUCCAAAGCCUUUAACUCCAAAGAAGCAAAAUGAUGUUGAGGUGAUGGGUUUGGGUGAAGUCAUCAUGGGUACACCAGUGUGUCAAGGAGUGGUGACUGCCCCAGCUAGGGUUGUGACUUGUCUCCAGGAGGCUUCAAACAUACAGAAUGGUGACAUCCUAGUGACGAUGAGCACAGAUGUGGGCUGGACCCCCUACUUUCCUCUCCUGGUGGGCAUAGUCACAGAAAUUGGUGGACUCAUCUCCCAUGGAGCUGUGGUGGCCAGGGAGUAUGGUCUUCCCUGUGUGGUGGGGGCUGCUGAAGCUACAACCAUUUUGCAGUCAGGUGAGAACAUCAUAUUGAAUGCUACUCAAGGUACCAUCACCCGCCUUGCCACUCCACAACCACCCACCACCAACCAAGACAACAACUGUUCCCAAGAACAACAAUAAUUAGUCUACUACCAAUGACCACAAUUUCACCAUUGGCAUCAAGAGCAGCAGCUGUGGAAGAGUCAUAACCACCAAACAAAUGAGAGACCUUACCUUGGUCACAAUUCUCAGCUGUGAUUCCUAACUGACUGAUGGACUGAGAGAAAUUUUCUCCAGUCUGUAGCCUGCUCUUGCUGUGGACUCCUCACUGUACCAUAGUACACCGGAAUUUUCAUACAUAAUGAAGUUCAGGGAUUCAGAGUUGUCAGGGCAUUGAGUUUUAGGUCUAAAGAGACAAUAUGAAUUGUACCAACUCUGAAACCUUGAACAUGACCCCUUAAACUUAGAUACUGCUGCAACAAGAUGUGUUAUGCUGUGCCUUGUCAGAAGUUAUUGCUAGUCUUUCAAAAAUGGCCACAGGACUCAGAUUCUUAGAUGUUUGUACAAUGAAUGUUCAUUGUAACUGAAGAUCUAGAAUGGCACCUUACUGAUUUACUUAAACCAAAGACAAAAUGUAUGUCAUCAAGUUGCAACUACAAAAUUACCUCAACUACAUAUAUUUACUUAUCACCAGACAAAUUUAUGUUACAGAAUCAUUUGGAAAAGGUUCUUUACCUUAAUUUAGUUUUUUACCAGUGCUAAGUGAAUGUGUAUACCGUAGGUAAGGUAAGAGUCCCUGUAUGAUUUUAAUCAUGUUUGAUAGUCAGCCACACCUCACUAGUCAGAAUAAGAGUCACAGAUUUUUGUCUCAAAGAGGAGGAACCUGAGAUAAGAACACCAAAGUUUUCUAGAUGCGUUAGACUAUGAAUAUUCCUUUCCCCAUACAAACUUUUCUAACAUAUCAAAGGAAAGAAGGCUAGACAUACUAAUGCUAUUUUAUGGUUUAUUCCUAACAAUCUCUUGGGUCUACUAUGCUGGACAGUGCUUCCCGUGCACUUUCUAAAAGGAAUAAAAAUGUUUUCAUAUGUUGUCAAUCUUGGUAAUUGAAUUCAGCAACUGAAGUGAAAGGUUGUUCAGAUUCUGAUUAUUUUCCCAUCCUAACAUCUUGCCAAAAACCUUUACUUUCAUUUACUAUACUGUACUUAAUUUACUUUAUUCUCUUCACCACUUGUCAGCUUACGAGCCAUUUGGGUGGUUUGUCAAUUCACUGUUAGCAAGUAUUGGGCAUGUACUUGCUCUUGAAUGUACCUGAGCACAUUCUAGCAUUUGCCAAGUCUGGACUUGAAGCUGCUCACACUUCGUGCUUACUUUUAUCCUCUUCACCGCUAAUCGGCUCGUUAACUGUUUGGGCGAUCGGUCACGUCUCUGAUUACUUUUUUCUUUUUUUUA